ACGGCCCAAGUUAAUAGGUGUAACCCCGGUCCCAAGCCGGUCGGGCGGGCUACUCAGCCCAUUGCGACCGUUGAACGGUAGAGGGCAAUUCCGUAAUUUUAUACUUCGGGGCCAUUGGCGCCUUCGCCCUGGAGGGCAAUUCCAUAAUGGCAUAUCAGGGAAUUCCUGGAAAUGGGGGGUCUAUCUGACGACCCCCACUUCAGAAAGCAGAUCCCUCGCACUGCUGAUGCUUGUCGGGUUGUCUUCCAAAAAAGCGCAGCGGAGAACAGCACACCACUCCUUCCCAGUUCACACGCACACACUCCGAAAAGCCCUUUUUCAUUCCUCAGAGAGAGAGAGAGAGAGAGAGAGAGAGAGUGCAAGAGAGUGAGAGGGAGAGGGAGAGGAGAGAUGGGAGAGGGAAAAGGCUCUACACUAGUUCAUCUGCUGGCAGUAGUUCUCUGCUUAGUCGCCUUCGGAUUCGCCAUAGCUGCAGAACGCCGGAGAAGCACUGUAAGAGAUCAUGAUGAAUCCAAUAAUUCUUCGUACUGUGUUUAUGACUCAGACAUUGCAACUGGCUAUGGGGUUGGAUCUUUCUUGUUUCUUCUCUCAAGUGAAUCAUUGAUGAUGGGUGUCACAAAGUGCAUGUGUUUUGGGAGACCUUUAGCCCCUGGUGGAAAUCGAGCCUGGGCCAUUAUCUAUUUUGCCUCUUCAUGGUUAACCUUCUUAAUUGCGGAGGCAUGUCUAAUUGCUGGAGCGGCAAAGAAUGCUUACCACACCAAGUACAGGAGUGCUCUUUAUGCCGACAACUGGUCUUGUGAGUCGCUGCGGAAAGGGGUAUUUAUAGCAGGAGCCGUGUUUGUGGUCUUUACUAUGAUCCUCAAUGUGUACUACUACAUGUACUUCACCAGGGCUACAUCUCAGGCUGCCCGCAAAACCAGUAAGACGAACUCAACGGUUGGAAUGACAGGAUAUGCUUAGAUCUGACGAAUGGAACUAGGUCUGUGGUGUUUUGUGUUCGUUGUUGUAUCUUGUAAUAUCUGACACUGUUAAAAAUCUUAUAUAAGCUUUUAUAUGGGUGGGUUAAAUGGAACUGUUUUCUUGGGGGUGAUAAGAACUGUAUUUUUGCAUAGCUGUGGAAGUUAUUUUGCUGAA